AGUCGGUCAAGCCUCCGACGGCAAUACGUACCUCUUAAUCGUUGAUUGUUUCUCACCUGCCACCAUCGAUUUUGAUAUCUAUCCACCAGAAAGUACCAUGCCCGCCGGUAGCCUGAAGGCAGUUCCAAUCCCCAGUCGCUCUACCAAUAAAGAGAUUCUUGAAGGUAUUCAAGGUGCACACACUAUCAUUUCUCAGCUAAAUUCCUCGCGGUCCAUCACCAAGCUCAAGCUAAACAACAACCGACUAGGGGAUGACGGUGUAUCCGCACUCUUUACGUUCCUCAAGUCGCCGGCGGCCUCACGGCACCGCAGUACGAUAUCGGAGAUCCAUCUCAAUGAUAACGGUAUAGGUUGUCGAGGUUUGCGAGACAUUGCAGACUACGUGGAUGGAAAUGAAGUAGUACUAAAGAUAUUGUGGCUUGCAAACAACAAGCUAGGACCUGAUAUUGAUGUUCUGGCUCAGUUUGCCACCACAGUAAAUCACUCUCGACUAGAGUUCCUUUCUCUCACGGGAAACCAUAACCUUGGCGAUGCUAUCGUCGAGACCUUCUUUCGCCAUCUAAGGGCACCCCGCCUUCGGGAGUUGCAUAUCAAUGCCAUGGGACUAACUGCACGUUGCGCAUCUGGACUCGCAGAGUGGAUUUCAUCGGGGCAUAACGGCGGGGCAUGUUCUCUGCACACUCUCAAAUGUAGUGGUAACAACCUGGGGAUCAAGGGCGUAUGUGAAGUUAUUCACGCCAUUGAGAUGGGUAACUGGUCACUCAUGAACGUGGAAGUGUAUGCGAACCAAAUAACGUGCACGGAAAUCCCGAAUGACAACUCCUCCAUUCAACAAGCAGGGCGUUUGUCAUCCUCUGAAACUGAAGUGUCAUGGAAGGAUGCAGAACGUUCUCUUCACCGGGUGCUUCACCGGCGAAACGCUUAUUGGAAAAGACAAGUAGAGAUGGAGGCAUUGAACCUUCUAAAGUAUUCUCGGGCGCUCAUCUUUCAGUCGAAGGCUUCUCUCCCAUCCGUGGACCAACAACCUUCGAGUAAUCUGACCAGCGAAUCAUUUCCAUUUCACAAUCUUCCUGUGGAGCUGCGCCUCCAAAUCCUUGCGAUCCUCGCUCCUUCCUUAUCUUGUGCCCAACGCACCCGUAUCUAUGAUUAUGCUGCCGACCCUUCGACCCUUCCCCCGCUUCUACCACGUCUACGGCGAGAUAUCGGCGGGUGUGUCGCAGAUCCCUCACGAGCCCUUGGAGCAAGUGUAGGAUUUACAUUGUACAGCUCAGGCGGGUGUGCUGAAGGGAAGUGUAUGGGCGCUGGUAACAGUCUUGUGUGCCUUCUGGACGCAGAGCGCACCAAGUUUCUGGAAGCCGUUGGAUGUCGUGCGUAUGAGCCCUGAAUGCGUUCCUAUGUAUAUACCAGCAACUCGUGACUCAUCAUGAACAAUUCAAACCUGUCCAGAACAACACUUUGACGAGGUCUAGCCCUGAAUUGGACCGACAACCAAUCAUGGUUGGGAAUGACAUAAAUACCCCUGACGUCGGUCUACAUCUACUUAUACAAGAAUAGCUGUCCAUUCAUACCACGAGGUUCAGGAGCGGGCGCUGCAUGGAGAAAUAGGUUUCAGGGCAUAUAUCUUGCCAAUAAUCUAUAUAAAUGUAGGUGUUUUUUGGGUAGGGGCAAAUGUGCGCGGGCUUCAAAGAGUUUUUGAACAAUGCAUCAUGGCGAACUGCAGGACGCAGUUCUAGGCCGCUUGGUUCAUUGAACAACAAUAGCGAUGUCGCAAUAUCCAUCGUCGGCGACCUUGUGGCAUCAAAUUCAUUUGGGC